CGUCAGCAAGCUUGUAUCGAAGGUUUUUUGUUGGAUAUGUACCUUUUCGUUGCCCAGAGUUGCUGGUUUAGCUACUUGAAUUAGGUUCAUUAUAUGUGACAGUUUCAGAGUGGAAAGAUUUAUUUUAGCUGUGGCUAAUAACGUACAUAAACGCACCGGUACUAUAGGAAGUCCGUCUGUCAGACUGUCAUGUGAUUUUCUACAUUUAAUAUCUGUAAUUAUUGCUAAUGUUACUGAAUUCUGUCUGGUCUUCUGAUCUGAGUAUUUGGGUUUUUAGGUGUAGUGUGAAAUCAUAAACAGAAAAUCAGUCCACGUAUGCAGAUGGAGUUUGCCAUUCAGCACACCUGGGACAGCAACCCUGUAAAUCACGAUCCUAUGAAGAUCAUUUUCUCUCCUGGAGAAGGAGGCCUGAAAAUUGCGGCGUCUGGUCCCUUCUUCAAUGACCCAGCCGCCCCCGCGGCGCCCCCGUCUCAGCCUUUCCCCGGGCUCUGGGAUUACGAAGUUGUGGAGUCGUUCUUCCUUGAUAACACUACAGAAAAUUACCUGGAGGUUGAGCUUUGCCCACAUGGACAACACCUCAUAUUGUUGUUGUCAGGAGUUGGGCAAGCCUUCCUGCAACAACUGCCCAUGGUGUUUAACACCAAAAUCUCAGGGGACCGGUGGACGGGUGAGGCUCUCGUCCCCUGGUCGUACUUCCCUCCCAAUAUUAACAAGAUGAACUCCUAUGCCAUCCACGGCUCAGGAGAGAAGCGUAUGUAUGAGGCUCUGUACCCCAUCCCCAAGGAGCAGAUAGAGGAAGGCCAACAACCCAAUUUCCAUCGGUUGGAGUAUUUCCAAGAUUUCCGUCUGCAAAGCAUCAUGGGAGAAAACUGGGUCCAGCCAGGAUCUGACCUGUGGAUAGGAAAGCCCUGAGCAUUUUGACAGCACUCUCUUUUUUUCUGUCUUCCUCUGUCUCUCUAUUCCCCACAAACAGACACAAGCGGCGAGGCAAUAUCACAAACAGGGACUAACGAGGAACAAAGGGCAAUCAAUCUUUAUUAGUUAACGAUGUUAAACAAUAUGACAAGAAAUAUGUUAUCAUCUAAUCAGAGCUUAUUAGUCUUCACACGCAGACAAACACAUGUCACAAGGUGUUGGAUGUCACCAUAAAUUGCCGCAGCACAGUGUGACACACAGUACAGCUGGAUGGUGGCAAAAAAAUGCUCACUUGGACAUUCAGCUCCUGUGUGGCCUGUGUGUUUCACUCCAGUGAAGUGAAUGCAGCAGGGUGUGCUGAUUGUGUUUUCUCAUUGUCUUUUAGGGGACACAGAACAAACAAACAACAUUCAUACGUCCAGUUAAAUAUCAGAUAAACAUGCACUUUUGAAUAAUAACUGUACUGUAAUUGACUUGGCAAUAAUUCCAAUACAUAUAUUCCUUUUAUAAUUGUGUUUACAAAUGGACUACAUGCUGCUUUUGUAGUAUGUAGCCUUUUAUUCCUGACAGAUGUUGCUUUUACCACAUUUCUGAUAAAUUAUGUUGUUGUCUGUAUUUUCUAUCUAAUAAAUCACGUUGGGAAACUU